AUGGACUUACAGCUACUCACGCCUAGGGAUUUCCCCGCCUUUCCUUACAAUCCACCAUAUAGUAUCCAGACAUCUCUCAUGCGACACCUGUACGAAUCUAUUGAACAACGAAAAAUAACUAUCGUAGAAAGUCCCACAGGCACGGGUAAAACACUCACUUUACUCUGCUCCUCGCUCACGUGGCUACUGGACGAGAAAGAACGCUCUCGGAAGGGGAAAAUGAAAGAGAUCGCUGGCCGAGAUGGCAUUGAAGCCAAAGAUUGGGUUGUUGAACAGACCUUAAAUCGUUUGCGACGCGAGAUGGAAGCAGAUGAACGUGAAUACGAAGAAAAGCUUGCACGCGCCAGGAAACGAGAAGAACUUAUGAGGCGCGCAGCGAAAGGACGUGUAACCAAACGGCAGAAAGUCAGCCACCAAGCGACGGAGAAAACAUCGAACAAUGACCAGGACGAUGACCAGUUCCUCCCAGAAACAGACCAAGCACCAAACGAAGAAGAGAUACACAUAUCCCCCGCGUUGCGCGCCCUCAUGGCCAAGGUCGACAAGGGCAACAGCCGCCAUAACGCUGAAGAGGAAACCGCGUGCACCAAGAUAUAUUACGCGUCUCGAACUCACUCACAACUGACGCAAGUGCUUCCAGAACUCAGUAAACUGAAGCUCCGAGCUGGAAACAUAUCUAUUACGAACCACCACCUCCCACAAGAUCUGGCUGCCCCUAAACGAAGUGCUGAAUGCCUCGAUGAAGAUGACUGUGGUCCCUCCUCGUCUCGGUCUAGGAUAAGGACUGUUGCCUUGGGUUCAAGAAAACAACUCUGCAUCAACGAUCAUUUGCGAUCAAGAGCACGAGAUUUGGACGAGGCGUGCCGGGAGCUGCUAGGAGAAAAGGAAGAAAAACGCUGCAAGUACCUACCGCCAGUUGGGGAAGAGGAGAAGAUGCUCGAUUUUCGAGACCAAGUUUUGGCGGCUCCGAAGGACAUCGAAGAUUUGGCAACCGCUGGUCGCCUUGCUGAGACCUGUCCGUAUUUCGGUUCACGGCGUGCCAUCCCACAAGCACAAUUAGUAACACUUCCUUAUAACCUCCUGCUUCAGAAAUCUGCCCGUGAAGCCUUGGGCAUUGAUCUCAAAGACCAGAUAGUUUUGAUUGAUGAAGCACACAAUCUAAUACCCACCCUACUAUCUCUGUCAACUGCAUAUCUCCCCCAGUCAACGUUAACACUCGCCUUCCAGCAAGUCUGCACAUAUGUAUCGCGAUUCAAGACACGCUUGUCUCCUGUCAACAUGCUCCAUCUGAAGCGUUUGGACAUCUUUCUGGAUACGCUGAAAAAAUACGUCGAAUUAUGGAAGACAGAAAGAGCCAAGGAAAAGGAGCAGACUGAAGUGAUGACUGUCGGCGAAUUGAUAGGACGGCUAGGUAAGAAGGUUUCUGGGAUAAACCUGUUGGAGAUCGAGGCUUACUUGAAGAAAAGCAAGAUUGCCAGAAAGAUCGCAGACUACUCUGAUAAACAGGCGGAGAAAGAUAAUGAUUCAACGCUGAAAUGGCAAAUCCGCCGCGGCGCUAUUCCUCCAUUAUACAUUGUUGAAGAAUUUAUGCGCUCGCUUAUGAACACCAACGAUGACGGGCGUGUGACUUUAUCGCUUGUCCACCAUCCAGGACAAGAAAGUGCAGUUGAAAUUAAGUAUCAACUCUUGAAUCCAGCACCAAACUUCCUGGAAGUGGUCGAGGAGGCUCGGUCUGUCGUCUUGGCUGGAGGUACCAUGUCACCGAUUUCGGACGUGAUAAAUCAACUUUUUUUGCACCUUCCUUCCGAGAAAAUAACUAGUUUCUCAUGUGGUCAUAUCAUCCCGGAGUCCAAUCUGCAGGCGUUGGUAGUCGGGAAAGGACCAAGUGGAGGUGAAUUGGAAUUCAAGGCUGACAAGCAAGGGGAUCCUGCUAUUAUUUCUCAGCUGGGACAGGUGCUGCUCAACUUUGCGAACAUAGUGCCAGCCGGAAUGAUUGUCUUCUUUCCAUCCUACAAAUUCUUGAAUACCGCGAAGGCGCUGUGGGCAAAGAGUGGAACUCUGGAGAAGUACGCUGCUAAGAAGCAGGUUUUCUUCGAACCGGAGGAAAGUUCUCAUGUGGAGAAGAUUCUCCAGGAAUACUCAGCGGCCGCUACCAAGCACGCGGAAGACAAGAAAGGAGGAGCAUUGCUUUUCGCCGUUAUCGGAGCAAAACUGUCUGAAGGCCUCAAUUUCGCAGACGAUCUCGCUCGAGCAGUCGUCAUCGUUGGCCUGCCUUUUGCGAAUAUUGGGUCUCCAGAGCUACGCGAACGAAUGAAAUACGUGAAACGUUUAGAAGAACAGCGCGGUGCACAGAACAAGGAAAAGAACCAGAAAGACGCCGCAGCUGAGCUGUAUGAGAACAUGUGCAUGAACGCAGUCAACCAGAGUAUUGGAAGGGCUAUACGGCACAAGAAUGAUUGGGCGUCUCUCCUCUUGUUGGACAGACGGUACGGGACACCUUCAAUCAGGAAUAAACUUCCCAAGUGGAUAGGAAGCAAGGUAGUCAUCACUGAAGGGUUUGGCCACACUGUGAAAGAGAUGGGGGCGUUCUUCAGAAGCCGAAGGUCGCCAUGA